GGCGUCCCGGGUUCCAAAGGGACAAGGAUUGUUCUUCUCACGAAUUAGGCUGUCAUACUCUUGCUGGUCUCGAUUGAGAGUGGGCGCGCCCUACUCAUGAGGAUUGUGAAGUAUAUCAUCUUGCCAGUCUCCCCAUGUCGGUAUAUUACUUCGAUCCAUCCAUAUCUCCUUGCUCCUUAUCAGCCUUGACACGACGUUAACACCACACCCUAAUGAUGGCCUAUACGAUCCUUACCACUCGACCUGGGUGCUAAUGGCAAUGAUCAUAUUGGACUGAGUAAUAAAAAUCCAACUACUGUACAACGACAAGGGCGAUUACCAUCAUCAACAACUUGCGGUUCUCCGGACUAAACACGAAACAUGAAGCUGCCCCCAGCCGAUGUGUUGGCGACAUGGCCAACACCGAAUUAUAUCGACCCUACCACCCGUGGGAAUUCUGUCCUUAUCGUGACCAUCGUCUUUUCCGCCCUAGCUUUUAUCGUAACUUGCCUCAGACUCUAUACUCGCUUCAAGAUAACAUGCAGCCCUGGCAUUGACGACAUCCUUAUCGUAGUCGCGCUGGCAUUUACAAUUGCGAUGUGCGUGGUCAUCUGCUUGGCCACUGAACAAUAUGGGUGCAACCGACAUAUAUGGGACGUUCCAUUGGAAUGGCUUCCAACUGCCUCCAAAUUCAACCUCCUCUUCCAAAUUCUUUUUUCCCUAUCAUCCAGCAUCACGAAGCUCGCGCUGUUAUGGUUUUGCAAACGACUACUCGGAGCCGGUAGCAAGGGUCUCUAUACCACAUACAAUAUAGUGUUGAUUGGGGCAAUGGUCUUGGUGGCACUGCUGUGUCUUAUCUUUUUGUUCGUCUGCAUUUUCCAAUGCAGCCCGAUCCAUGCCUACUGGGAUAUGCAACCAACAUACCCUCAUCGCUGUUUAAAUGAUGGGGCCGUUGUAUUCGCCGCUAGUGUCAUCAAUAUCUUUACCGACUUCUUAUCCACGGUAGUCCCGAUGCCAUUGAUCUGGAAUCUUAAACUCCCGGCCCGGCAGCGUAUUGCUGUGAUGUCCAUUUUUAGUCUUGGAAUUGUGGUCAACGUUGCCGGCACCGUCCGGACGGUCUACGUGUAUAAGAGUAUGAUCGCCUCGUACGACAUGACUUGGUUAGGCUGGCCGGUCUUUCUCGCUGCUUCAAUAGAGAUCAACCUGGGAUUGAUCUGUGCCUCUGCGCCCGCCUUGAGACCUCUCGUUGCAUUUUUCUUGCCAAGGCUACUCCAGUCCACCCAGAGAUACGCGUCCGGAUAUGGUCAAAGCCGUCCUCAGAAGUUAUGGUCGUCGGUCAACCCGUCGAGGCACUCUACCAAACCCUCCAGGGGCCGAUCGCAUCAUCAUCAUCAUACUGACAGCCAGUUGGAACGAUUUGAGAUCUACCGGACGGUUGAGAUGGAAACUUGGACCGAAUCCCGGAACCCACACGAUCCGACCGGUAAUGAUCAUAGCAUGUCAUCCAAUCAUGCUCGUGUCACGACGCCCAACCAAGAUUUCGAUCUUAAGUAUGACAGUGCGGUAUACACAUCGCCUGGCAGCGAGAAGUCUUCCGCAUCUCUUACCCGACAAACCAGCUCGCCAUUCAAAGACAAACAUUCCCUAUGACAUUCCUUCAGCCUUUCCUACCAUUAUCAUGUUUCAAUAAGCAUUGACUGCUAAUUUACGAUCCUUGAGCUCGAACUCUCUUUACGAAACCACACGUUUCUCAUAACCUUUUCCGCCACACCUUACAUUGACUUCUUGUACAUUUGGGGAAAACUACAUGUAUUAAUACAUACGAUACACUACAUUUGUUCGAUCGGACAAUGCAAAUAGAAG